AUGUUGGCGUCCACUAUUAAGGACGUGGUUCCUAGAUAUGCUCAUAUGACGGGCCAUUAUGUCGAGCGUCGGUUCGGUUGGGAUACCCAUGGAUUGCCAGUUGAACACGAGAUUGACAAGAAAUUGGGCAUUACUGGCAAGGCCGAUGUCAUGAAAAUGGGCAUUGAUAAGUAUAAUGCCGAGUGUCGUGCUACAGUUAUGCGUUAUGCCGAUGUAUGGAGACGUGAUAUCGGCCGGUUGGGUCGUUGGAUCGAUUUCGAUAGAGAUUAUAAGACUCUGUAUCCCAGUUUUAUGGAGUCUGUUUGGUGGGUUUUCAAGCAAUUGUAUGAGAAGGAUGCUGUCUACAGAGGAGUCAGGGUCAUGCCUUAUUCUACUGGAUUGACUACUCCUCUCAGUAAUUUCGAGGCUCAACAGAACUAUAAGGAUGUAUUGGAUCCUACAGUGACAGUGGCAUUCCCAUUGAUUGAUGAUCCUAAAGUCAAGCUUGUUGCUUGGACCACUACUCCCUGGACUUUGCCUAGUAAUAUUGCUUUGUGUGUUCAUCCUGAUUUUGAGUAUGUCAAGAUCCAGGACGAGGCUACGGGCGAUUACUAUAUCUUGCUCGAGGCUUUGUUGAAUGCUAUUUACAAGAACCCUAAGAAAGCUAAGUAUACUGUUGUUGAGAGAAUCAAGGGUAGUGAUUUGAAGGGGUUGAAGUAUGUUCCAUUGUUCAACUACUUUUACGAGGAUUUCAAGGACCAUGGAUUCAAGGUCAUCACUGGUACUUAUGUCACUGCUGACAGUGGUACUGGUAUUGUCCACCAAUCACCUGCUUUUGGUGAGGAGGAUUUCGUGGCUGCUACUGAAAACGGUGUUAUUUCCGAUACCAGAUACCCCCCUAAUCCAGUCGACGACUCUGGUAAGUUCACCAGCCAAGUUCCUGAAUGGGAGGGUGUCUAUGUCAAGGAUGCUGACCGUAAGAUUAUCAAGUACUUGAAAGAACAGGGUAGGGUGUUGAAUGAUGCUCAAAUCAUGCACAGUUAUCCUUUCUGUUGGAGAUCCGAUACUCCUCUGUUGUAUCGUACCGUGCCAGCUUGGUUUAUCCGUAUCAAGCCUAUUAUCCCCAAGAUGUUGGAGAACAUUGACAAGUCUCACUGGGUUCCUCAUGCUGUGAAGGAAGGUAGAUUUGCCAACUGGAUCAAGAAUGCCAGAGAUUGGAAUGUUUCCAGAAACAGAUACUGGGGUACACCCAUUCCUUUGUGGGCCAGUGAUGACUAUGAGGAGAUUGUGUGUAUUGGAUCUGUAGAGGAGUUAAAGGAGCUUUCUGGUGUGUCAGAUAUCACUGACUUGCACAGAGAGAACAUCGACCACAUCACCAUUCCAUCCAAAACCGGCCGUGGUGUUUUAAAGAGAGUUGAGGAGGUGUUUGACUGUUGGUUCGAGUCGGGAAGUAUGCCCUAUGCCAGUAAACACUAUCCCUUCGAGGCCAAGGAGAAGUUCGAGGCUGGCUAUGGAUUCCCUGCUGACUUUAUUUCCGAGGGUCUUGAUCAGACCAGAGGUUGGUUCUAUACCUUGACUGUUCUUGGUAACUACUUGUUUGAUGUAUCUCCUUUCAACAACUGUAUUGUCAGUGGUAUUGUUCUUGCUGCUGAUGGUAAGAAGAUGUCAAAACGUCUCAAGAACUACCCAGAUCCUACUCUUAUGUUUGACAAGUACGGAGCUGAUGCUGUCAGAGUAUACAUGAUCAACUCGCCAGUUCUCAAGGCCGAGACUCUGCGAUUCAAGGAAGAGGGUGUCAAGGAAGUUGUUUCCAAGGUCCUGCUGCCAUGGUGGAACUCGUUCAAGUUCUGGGAGGGUCAAGUUGCUUUGUUGAAGAAAGAUCAAGGCAUUGAUUUCAAGUAUGAUCCUAAUGUGUUUUCCGAUAAUGUCAUGGACAAGUGGCUGCUUGCCAGUUUGCAGACUCUGUUGACCCAUAUCCACACCGAGAUGAAGCAAUACCGUUUGUACACGGUUGCUACUGGUCUUCUCAAGUUCUUGGACGACCUUACCAACUGGUACAUUCGUCUUAACAGACUUCGUUUGAAGGGAGAGAACGGUCCUGAGGAUGCUGUUGUUGCUCUUAACACUUUGUUUGGUGCUUUGUACACUUUUGUGAGAGCCAUGGCUCCAUUCACUCCUUUCUUGUCCGAGACUAUCUACCAACAACUGCGAUCAGCCUUCACUGAGGGAGUUCAAACUGAGCCUGAUACCCGAUCAGUUCAUUUCCUCGAGUACCCUGAGGUUCGCAAAGAGCUGUUGGAUGACAACAUUGUCACUGCCGUUGGCCGUAUGCAAAAGGUCAUUGAACUGGGACGUACCAUCCGUGAGAAGCAAACCAUCUCGCUCAAGGUGCCUCUUAAGCAAUUGAUUGUGUUGCACCACAACCCCGAGUACCUCAAGGAUAUUGAGUCAUUGCGUCAAUACGUUAUUGACGAGCUGAAUAUCCGCGAGCUGGUUCUUACUUCUGACGAAGAGAAAUACGGAGUCGAGUACCGUGCCCAAGCCGACUGGUCUGUUCUUGGUAAGAAACUCAAGAAAGAUAUCAUCCGUGUUAAGAAGGCACUUCCCGAGCUCACCAGUAAGCAAGUACAAGCUUAUAUGGAGCACAAGAAGAUCGAUAUCGACGGUAUUGAGCUUGUUGAGGGCGAUCUGACUGUUAUUCGAGGACUUGGCGAGGACGCUACCACUGCCGGCCAGCAAGUCCACACCGACCAGGACGUGCUCAUCAUCCUCGACACCCACAUUUACGACGACCUCAAGACCGAAGGUACUGCCCGUGAGUUCAUCAACAGAGUUCAGCGAUACCGUAAGAAGCUUGGUCUCGUGGCCACUGACGACGUGCAAGUCGAGUACGAGGUCAUUGCAGACGCUAAGUCUGCGCUUUCCGAGUGUCUCACUGCCAACCAAGAACUUCUCACCAAAUCUCUCCGUCACCCCCUCCAACCCUUCGGCCAGUCCUCGUCCACCGACGUCCUCGGCGAAGAAAACCAAGAAAUCGGCGACAUCUCCUUCAAGCUCAGACUCCUGAAACUGUAG